AUUAUCCUGUCGUUCUCCAAGAACUGACAGUAAAAGAGGGAUGCCCCAACUUAGCCUGGUUUAGAAGCUUCUUUUGAUCACGUCGGUCACGUCGUCCACUUUUUUUUCUUCUGAAGAGUGAGAAAGAAAUCCCUAAGGUCUAAAACCAGAGAGAGUUUAGAGAGCAACUGAAAAAUCCCGAACAAAAAUAAAUCCAUGGAAUCGACUGUCACUCCAACAACAGCACUUGAUGAAAGACCUAAUUCCAAAAAGUGGCUUCCUCUUGAAGCUAAUCCUGAUAUAAUGAACCAGUUCCUCUGGGGCCUUGGACUUCCAAUAGAUGAAGCAGAGUGCUAUGACGUGUAUGGUUUAGAUGAAGAACUCUUGGAAAUGGUUCCAAAGCCUGUACUUGCUGUUUUGUGUCUUUAUCCUCUCACCGCUGAGACCGAAGCAGAAAGAAAGUUGGAGAAAGAGAGUUCGAAGAAGGAAACAAGUGGUAAUGUUUAUUUUCUUAGGCAAACUGUUGGAAAUGCUUGUGGAACGAUUGGGCUUCUUCAUGCAGUAGGGAAUCUAACGUCAGAAAUCAAGCUCACUGAGGGAUCUUACUUGGACAGAUUUUAUAAAUCAACAGCAAAAAUGAAUCCGUUGGAGCGUGCUGAGUUUCUUGAGGAAGACACUGAGAUGGAGGUUGCACAUUCAAUAGCGGCCACUGCUGGUGAUACGGAGGCUCCUAACAUUAACACACAAUUGGACCUGCACUUCAUAUGCUUUGCCUGUGUAGAUGGAGAACUGUACGAGCUUGAUGGACGAAAAUCGCAGCCAAUAUCUCAUGGUGCUACUUCACCUGGCACCUUGCUUCAGGAUGCUGCAAAAGUCAUCAAAGCAAUGAUUGAGCAUAACCCAAAUUCAAUAAACUUCAACGUCAUUGCCCUAUCAAGGAAAGCCAAGUGACAAAACUAAACUUCAACGUCAUUGGCGUAUCAAGGAAAGCAGAGAGAGGAUAUGCUACUUGGUUAAUUGCCCUAUCAAGGAAAGCCGAGUGAGGAUCUGCUACUUCUGUUACAAUCUAGGUUUCUAGGAUCUGCUACUUUUCUACUUUUGAUUUUGUUAAGUAAACCAUAAAAAAUUUCAUCUUUCUGUUACUGGACGGCGAAUCCCUUGUAGUCUGUUUGGCUGCCUAGUUUUUAACAAAGAAGCUAAUGCCUUUGUACUAACUCUGAUUUAAGUUGAUGCCUAUGCUUCAUGGAGAUGCGUUGAUGCC